AUACUUCCGGUAGAAGUUGUCAACACAUUAGAAGCGGCGAGUACUUUGUUUUUAGCCUUCCCCCCGUUUUGUAGCUUUCUGUAAUUGACCUAAAACCUAUUUUAGUUUUUAACUGAGACUCCAGCUACCUUUUUUUCUUUAAAUCACAGCGUUCCUGUUUCUUCUAACAAUAACUGUGUUUGUUUUUUAAGCCCAGACUCGAGUGUCCUUCAUGAUUUAGCGGUUCUCCUGCUGCUAGCUUCAUCAGGCAGGUGAAAUUCAGAAUCAUUUAGGAAUAAGAUCGUCCAUGGCAAGUCGACAACCUUUCACAGACACGGACACAGCAGAUGAAGCAGUUAGGGCUACUUGUGACGAUGCAACCGUCUGUAAAAGGUUUGCUACCAGUAAAGGCUAUUGGAAGGAUCCAUAUAUUCAGUAUUUUGUAAGAUCUGUAGGAGAAAGAAAGGCACCGGAAAUCAACAGAGGCUAUUAUGCUCGAGUUCAAGGGGUCAACUUUCUCCUUGACGCAUUUCUGAAGAAAACUCAGUGCAACUGUCAAAUAAUCAACCUGGGGGCUGGACUGGACACCACGUUUUGGAGGUUAAAGGAUAAUAACCUAAUGCCUCGGAAGUUCUUUGAAGUUGACUUUCCUACUAUUGUGUCGAGGAAAAUACACUACAUAAAGACAAAACCUCCACUGUCCAAACCCAUUAUUGAGACGCACUCGACGGACUCCCUUCUGCUGGAUGCCCACAGCCUGGACUCAGAUCGUUACUGCAUCAUCGGAGCAGACCUCCGGAAUAUCUCGGACAUGGAAGAGAAGCUGAAGAAGUUCCAGCUGAACACAGAGUUGCCCACGUUGGUCCUGACAGAAUGUGUCCUGGUCUACAUGACCCCAUCUCAGUCCUCUGGUUUGAUCCGCUGGGUCGCAGAAACCUUUCAUAGCGCCAUGUUCAUAAACUACGAGCAGGCGAACAUGUGUGAUCGAUUUGGGCAGGUGAUGAUCGAGAACCUGCAGCGCCGCCAGUGCAUGCUGGCCGGCGUGGAGACCUGUCAGUCCCUGGACCUCCAGAAGGAGCGUUUUCUGAGAAGUGGCUGGGAGCACGCCAGCGCUUUAGAUAUGAUAACGGUCUACAGCAUGCUGCCUCAGGAGGAUGUGGGAAGAAUCGAGCGGUUGGAGUUCCUGGAUGAGGGGGAGCUGCUGCAGCAGCUUCUUCAGCACUACAGCAUCAGCUGGGCCACCAAGGAUAAGCUCCGUCUGGGUCUGUCUCAGGUGUCGUUUUGAGGGAAAAGGUGGCCAUGUUUCGUCAGCGUCCCGGGCUUCUAUCUGCUCCAUGAGCCGUGUUGGGUAGAAAACGUGACUCAGGCAUGUUUUGGACUGAACUUUGUGUCUUACAGCGUGUGAAAUGAUUCCAGCGUGCUGUGCUAGUUUGGUCUCAGAGGAGUUCCCUCCAUGAAAGAGGAACAAACGACCUUCAAAAGGCAGACGGUCCUUCUUAAAAAUGCUCUGCCAUUUUCAAUCUGCCUAUAGGUCGGACGCAUCCAUGCAUGUGAGCAUGUAUUUGGUGUAAAAAAGGGACUAUUUCUGUUUCCCUGUGACCUAAAAUGGAGACCAAGCGGUCGGAUCUGUGACAUCAAUAAACCAUAUUAUUUGUGUGAAUCUG